AAGACGGAUAAGCCGGCCGUAAUAAGCGAAGAUACUCCGCAAUCAUAUCGACCUCUGCUUGCUCGCCUCUAGCGAAAAGUCGCAACGACAACGACACUCUUUGUUCUGGGGUGUCGAUGGAAUCGGCCACAAUCUUCAUCAAGUUGAUCCAUUCGCCGGUGACAUGUAGUGGCACUUCUGUUUGCUCGAAAGCUUCCUGCGGCGGGUAUUCUGAGACUUCCUCCCCUGCAUUUUGAAGAGAGGCGAGCGGGUAACGCUUCUGAAUGACCCGCAAAGCGCAUUGCAACAUCUUCAAUGUUGCGGAGGUGAAAGGGUAUGUAGCAAGAUGACGGAAGAUCUCAUGAUCGUUCAUGUUGAUGAUACAUAGCGUGACGAAGCGUCGGUCAGUUGUCUAGAUCUCCUGUUGGGCCUUAUACAUUUCCGCAGGCUAACCUAUCUCCAUAUCUUGCUGUCGAAGACUUGCUCUGGAGGCACUGUCGAGGUCUCCAAAUGUUGCCGUUUACAUGGUUAGGAGCUGCUUUUCUCAUUCGUUCGCAACGCAAACAGACUUUGGUCUGACUUCUCGCUAUGGCCACAAGCCAUCCCUUGUAGACGGGCCUGACGUCGGGGUUUCAGAAGCGUCUUUGCCGACGAUCAUCGAUGUCCCUUUCCGAGUGGGUGCCUUGACACCACUUCUUGCUAUAUAAAGGUAGAGCCCUUCUGAACCAAAGCCGGAAAUUUGCGCAGUGAUAAGUUUUCGUCACUCUUCGCCCGUAAUUCUUUCACACUACUCUACUUUUGUCUUUGAAUAUGCCUCCGUUCGUCCAUAAUCCGCAGACCGUUCAUCCUGGCGAGCUAGGAGAUGAAGAGAUCAGUCAAGGCCAAGACAAAUGGGAGCCUUCACGACGCCACAUGGCCAUCAUGGCGACGGCCGCCUUGUUGUCGCUCAUGGUCGCCCUUGACGCCUGCGUCAUUGUGACCUCUUUGCAGGCUAUCGUUGCGGACCUCGAGCUCAGCACGUACGACGGCUUUUGGAUAGGAACGGCGUACCUCCUAGCCAACGCCGUGCUAAUGUUAUUCAUUGCGGAUCUGAGCCGCGUGUUUGGUCGACGGCCAUGCCUGACCAUCUCGGUCGCUUUCUUUACUCUAGGCACGACCUUGUGCUGCAUGUCACGCUCCAUCGCCUUGAUGUUGGCUGGACGGUCUCUCCAAGGCGUCGGCGGUGCUGGCAUUAUCGUCUUGUGCCUGCUGAUCUUCACCGACAUUGUCCCGCUGCCGCUUCGACCUACAUGGUACGGCCUGGUCCAGGCAGCAUGGGCGCUGGGUAACUGCGUUGGCCCCAUACUGGGCGGCGUCAUUGCCCAGAACACAACAUGGCGCUGGGUCUUCUACAUCAUGUUCCCAUUCUGCGUGGCAGGGCUUGCUCUUGUGCCCUGGCUAGUCAACGUUGGUUCUCGGACUGGUAAGGUGUACGAGAACUUGAAGAAGGUUGACUGGAUGGGAAAUGCUCUGUUCAUCGGCUCGGCCACCUUGUCGCUGGUGGCUAUCUCCUGGGGAGGCUUGCGCUACAGUUGGCGCAGCGCCGGCACUCUCGUACCUUUGUUGCUUGGGGCAGUUGGCAUGGUGCUGACUGUGAUCUACGAGUCACGCUUCGCAGUGUCCCCGUUCUUGCAACGCCGACUUUUCCAAACCGCCAGCGCAAUCGCGACGUAUGCUUGCGGCGCCAUCCAAGGCCUUGUGAUGUACGGGCAGCUCUACUACGUGCCUCUGUACUUUAUGGAAGUCAAGGGGUUUACUCCGGUCCAGACCGGCGUCGCGCUCUUCCCGGUCAUGUUCACGCUGGUGCCGGCAUCCAUCCUCACCGGUCGACUCGUCACGGUGUUCGACAACUAUCAGUGGCCGAUCUGGGCUGGUUGGACUCUGGCUACCAUCGCCUCCGGGCUGAUGAUGUUGUGGGACGUCGAGACGCCGACGAAGGUAUGGGCGCCGACGCUCGUCCUUCUUGGUCUCGGGCAUGGCUGCAUCUUGAACGCACAGAACAUGGCAUCGCAAACCCUCUGUGACAAAGACGACGAAGCGAUUGCCGCAGCAAUGUACGCCUUUUUCCGGCAGUUUGGCAUGGCACUCGGAGUCGGCGUCGGCGGCUCCACAUUCCAGAACGUCAUGCUGCUCAAGUUCGAGGCCGAUGGUUUGGCACCCGCAGGCACACACGGAGGUACUUAUGCUGUUCACGCCAUGUUGAGCACGACUGGCGAUGCUGCGCUGCGAUCCCAGAUCGUGGAUGCGUACGUCUACGGCCUGCGAGGCGUCUACGGACUGUAUGUCGGCGUAUCGGGUUUGGCGCUUCUGAUGAGUUUCUUGAUCAAGAGAGUAUCGCUGGACAGGAGCCUACGAUCUGGGCACACGAAGCACAUUCAGGCGAAGGGUCGGAAGUGUUCACGGCUCUGGGAGUUGAGCGUGUCCAGGGGUUGGGGGUUGUGUGAAUCAAGCCCUAGAACCCUAUGCCUACCUUGCUAG